GAAACGUCUUGUACUUUAGAAGGGAACGAACAGAGAGAAACUGGAUAUUAAUAAAGACUACUGACAUUUACUGGUUCCAUAUUUGAAAUAUUUGUUACCGCACUAAAAUUAAGCGCGAAUACAUUUUCUUUAGUGUAGUUAAGAGAUGUCUACUCCUGCUAGAAGACGACUUAUGCGGGAUUUCAAGCGGCUCCAGGAGGAUCCCCCAGCUGGUGUUAGUGGAGCUCCAUCUGAGAACAACAUAAUGGUUUGGAAUGCAGUCAUAUUUGGCCCAGAGGGAACACCGUUCGAGGAUGGUACAUUCAAACUCACUGUUGAGUUCACAGAGGAAUAUCCUAACAAGCCUCCAACUGUGCGGUUUGUCUCAAAGAUGUUUCAUCCAAAUGUGUAUGCUGAUGGCAGUAUCUGCCUAGACAUUCUUCAAAAUCGGUGGAGUCCAACUUACGAUGUUUCUUCUAUUUUAACAUCAAUUCAGUCCCUUCUAGAUGAGCCAAAUCCCAACAGUCCAGCAAACAGCCAGGCAGCACAACUCUAUCAAGAAAAUAAACGAGAAUAUGAAAAGCGGGUGUCUGCAAUUGUAGAACAGAGCUGGAGAGACAGUUGACCACAUUCAUAAACAUUUCCUUACUGAAACGUUUGCUUUCGUUUUGGCUCUGUUGGGGGAUAGUUUUUUCAAAUCCAUCCAUUUUUAAGUUUUUAUGCACUUUACUCAUGUAAGAUUGUGGUUUUUGUUUUAUUGUCUCUCCUACUUUUUGCCUGGAGUGCUUUCAACUAUUCCUCCUGAUGUUGACGUUCCUAAACGCUUGACUCAUUGUGCAUCUGGCAUGAACAUUUGACAGUUGUCCUUUUGUGAGAUAUUAAUAACUCAAUCAAGGCACUCUAAUCAGGACAAAAGACUCAUUUAUAGAUUUAAUAGUUAUUCUGGUGAAAAUGUAUUCAGUGCUUCAUUAUUGUUUCACUUAAAACCAGGAAAUCUUUCUGUAAUUUCAGUUUUUGGGUUUAGAAUCAGUUUUGUUUUUUAUCAAGAGAGCCAGCAUGCCCCACAAGUGGUAAGCAGCUAUAGCGUGCACAAAAUGAAUUAUGUUGGUACACAUACAU